AUGAAUACCCCUCCGCCGACGAUUUCGUCUACUCUCAAAAUAUCGUCAAACUUUUGCAACACCUGUAAUGUCUCAUUUGAUACUGCCGAACUGCGCCGGAGUCAUGCCAAAAGCCCUGUGCACGUUGAGAACGUUAGGAGACGCGUCGUUGGGCUAAGCCCCCUUGACCCCACUGCUGCUCAAGAAGUAAUCCAGAAGAGCGCUUCAAUAAAAUUGGACUCUUGUUCAGACGAAGCCGAUCUCUCUUCAGACGAAUCUGCCGAAGAUGAUGUCGCUGAAGAGGCUAGCCCCGAAUUUGUCGCCGAACAGUGUCUAUUCUGCAACGAGGAAGCGGCGGCAUUCGACGACAACAUGGCCCACAUGCGGAAGGCGCAUGGACUAUUUGUCCCAGAUAUCGGCCAUCUUGCUGUUGACCUGGAGACCCUGAUGCAAUACCUUCACCUCAUAAUCUUUUCUUAUCACGAGUGUCUUUUUUGUCACUCGCAGCGAAGCACGGCAGAAGCCGCACAGCACCAUAUGCUGGGCAAACGGCAUUGCAUAAUCGACAUUACGUCGGACGACUCUGAAUAUUUGGACUUUUACGACUUUAGCGAUGGAAAUGGCGACGGCUCGGGGGAGGAGGGAGAGGGAGAGUCUGCAUCGCGAACCUCUAAUGUUCAAAUUCUUCAGUCUGACGACGGUUCGACCCGUUUGCCUUCGGGCAGAAUCAUCACCAACCGAUCCACUGCAAGCGCUUCACAACACCGCCAGAAGUCGUCUCGAGCGCAAAAGCAAGAGUCCAAGUCGGAUUCCGACGCAGCUGCCCCUUCGGGUCAGCUUACAAAGAAUCAAAAGCGCGACCUCGCCCUGGUCAAGGGCUUGGGGGCGCUCAGUCUGUCUGACCAGACCAUGAUGAGUCGGUUCUCGGCACCAGAGCAGCGAUCCAUAAUUGCCGCGAAGAAGCGAGAGACGGCCACGGCGCGGCGUGCCCAGACACGGUACCUGAGGCGGGUUGAGAUGCUUGGGAACCAGACGCUCAUGAAGCACUUCAAGAAUGAUGUUCCCGGGCCCAGGAAUGGUUAG